UUGAGUUGCUCAAUAACAACACGUAAAUAAUCCUAUAUUUGUUUUAUCUGAGAUGUCUUUUGUAGCCAGGCGAUGCGGAGUGCAAUUCAACCCCCCGUCUAUGGUUUUGAUAUAUGAAAUUGAGCACACAAACAAGAUUCGCAAAAGAAUGAUACCUUUAAAGAAUUUCUCAGAAAAAUCAGACUGCUACAAGGCUGCUGAGAGACUAAAGAACCACACCAGACACAAGGCAUACUUUGAGCACGUCUCAUUAGAGCAACUGGAGAGGCUUCACAUAAUUCUGCGAGAUCAAAUUCAAGGCUGCAGCUUAGAACAAAGCCUUGAUUCACUUUGCCUAAUCCCUGAAGAAGACCUCAACAAGCUGAGCGACAAGGACCUGAACCGCAAGAAGGCUGAAAUGGACAAAAUAUUUGAGCGAAACCGUAGGCAUAGAGAUGACCUUAACUUUGUUUAUGACCUGGAAGUGGAAUUCACUGAGACUGCUCAAGAAGUAUGCAGCUGGGAUGAAGAGUCUAAUGAAGGGUUUUGAAGGGCAAUGUUUAAAAUAUAAAUUCACAUAUAUUAUCAAAAUAUGUUGAUGAUACAUUAAUUAUACUAUAGGAGUACUGAUGCAAACUGUUUAUUGACAUGGAAUUCUGUAAACACUAAGCUCCAUUACUCCAUAUUAAAAUAACUGAUAUUGAA